CAACUAGGAAGUACAGGAAGGACCCUGAGAGCGUGAUGCUUUGCAAGGUCGUGAGAGUCGGUGGAGUCUGCUCCGCAGGUGGACGAGGAACCCCGCCGGAGAAAAGAAGUCCACGUUGCGCGGGUCCGAGUUUCGAGAUGCUGUCAUGGACGGUUCGUUGUUGCAGUGGAUAAGAAAAAAAAAUAGUUAGCAAACGGGAGCAAGACGUAUUUAAGGGGCGCAUCCCCGCCGUAACCUGCAUUCUUCUAUUUUGCAACUUCUCAACUUCUACUCUCCAAUUUGUCCCUCCCCGCACCCUCUACGAAUACCUCCAAUCGUCCACCAUGUCUCUCGGCAAGAAGGUUACUCUUAACACCGGUGCCCAGAUCCCCCAGCUGGGCUUUGGUACCUGGCAGUCCGCUCCCGGUCAGGUCGGCGAAGCCGUCUACGAGGCCCUGAAGGCCGGUUACCGCCACUUGGAUCUCGCUACUAUCUACCAGAACCAGCGUGAGGUUGCCGCCGGUCUCAAGCGCGCUUUCCAGGACGUCCCCGGCCUGAAGCGUGAGGACCUUUUCAUUACCUCCAAGCUGUGGAACAGCCAGCACCGCCCCGAGGUUGUCGAGGCCUCCCUGGAUGCCUGCCUCGCUGAGCUUGAGCUUGACUACCUGGAUCUCUACCUGGUCCACUGGCCCGUUGCUUUCCAGAAGGGCGAGUCUUACUUCCCUCUCGUCGAGGGCAGCACCGUUGAGGGCGGUGAUGUGGUCAUUGACGAUGGCGUUUCCAUCGUUGACACCUGGAAGGCCAUGACCCAGCUCCCCAAGAGCAAGGCCCGCGCUGUCGGUGUCUCCAACCACACUAUCCCCCACCUUGAGGCUAUCAUCAACGGCACCGGUGUUGUGCCCGCUGCCAACCAGAUCGAGCGCCACCCCGUUCUGCAGAGCAACGACUUGAUCGAGUACUGCCAGAAGAAGGGCAUUCACGUUACUGCCUACUCCGCCUUCGGUAACAACAUGCUCAACAUCCCUCUCCUCAUCACACGCCCCGAGGUCAAGGAGGUCGCCGAGGCCGUUGCCAAGCGAACCGGCCAGGAGGUCACCCCUGCUCACGUUAUCCUGGCCUGGUCCCAGGUUGGCGGUCACAGUGUGAUCCCCAAGUCCGUGACCCCGUCGCGCAUUCGUGACAACUUCAAGGAGAUUGAGCUCACUGCCGAGGAGAUUGAGAAAGUCAGCGCUCUGGGCAAGGACCGCAAGCGUUACAACACCCCUUACACUGCUAACAAGCCCCGCUGGAACAUCAACAUCUUCGGCGAGCCCGAGGAGGCUCCUGCUGACCACAAGGUCAUUGUUUAAUUUUUGGCUAUCCUUAUUCCCCCAAAAAUGCCCCCAAAAACGAAUGAAUGAGAAAUGUACUUUCACACCGACAAUUAAAAUUUCGGACCUGUCCGCUUAGUAGAUAUUUACAUUCGGGCUUCGCUUGAAUCUUGAAUAAUAAACCUGCGUAAGCCAGGGUCUAUCCGUGAGAAUUUUAGGAUAUGACAUGGAAAUAAAACCAACGG